AGCGAACUCAGACGUUCCUUACCAGACACAACUGCUGCCUGUUGUCAGCUGCAGCAAUUGUCUGAAGCCGUUCCCACCGUCUAUCGUCAUUUCUUUAUUCCCCGAUACUACUAUUUCGAUGCGCUGUCACAUCGAUGCCGACCUUUUCUGUAUCCUGGAACGGUGGAUCCGUGUACCCUGGACCAGGAGUCCGGCGUCGGUUCAGUUCAACUAAUUCGAUUCUAUUUCAACAAACAACUGAAACUCUGCGAAGAGUUCAUCUAUUUUGGUGCCGGCGGUAAUCGAAACAACUUCCUUACCAUGGAAGAAUGCCAAGCACAGUGUCCAGGUGGAGAUGAUUUCGCAUGUGUUCGGGAAGAGUCUCCGAAUCCAUGUGCAGUAACCGUCACCAUACCGGGAGGCCAAUGCACUCCCGGUGUGAGCUCCUGUGGAGGUGGUAGCUUCUGCCACGUCGGCGCUACUCCGCAGACCACAACCUGCUGCCCCAAACCAGCUCCUAUCGAUCGCUGUCAGCAACCUCUGAAUGUCGGCAUCGGGAAUGCCAACCUCCAAAGGUGGUACUUCAACCCGCUCACUCAGCAGUGUCAACCAUGCACCUAUCGCGGUCUACAGGGUAACGAGAACAACUUCCUCACUAAAAUCGAGUGCGAGACCUCAUGUCUUGGUUGGUUUGCUUUCCACCAU